CCACACCAAACAUUGCACAGCAUCCUUUAUUUUACUGCAAGUGGGAUCAACAAGGUUCGCUCUACGGUUAGGUUCAGUUUUAAAUGGACAAAACUUUGAAGCUACUGAUUUUAUGUCUUGCAUGGACUUGUUCAUUCUCUGCACUGAGAUGUGCUGCAAGAACCUAUCCUCCGGUAGCAACAAAUCAGGACCAGGCCAUUAAAUUUACUACUGAAGGUGCCACUUCACAAAGCUACAAACAGUUCAUUGAAGCGCUUCGACAGAGACUAACAGGUGGGCUGAUACACGACAUACCUGUGCUUCGAGAUCCAACAACAGUGGAAGAAAGAAAUCGAUAUAUUACAGUCGAACUCUCAAACUCGGAGAGGGAAUCUAUUGAAGUAGGUAUCGAUGUGACCAAUGCAUAUGUGGUAGCAUACCGAGCAGGAAGUCAAUCCUAUUUCCUUCGUGAUGCCCCAGAAUCUGCAUCUACCUACCUUUUCACUGGCACGCAGCGGUACUCACUUCGUUUUGAUGGUAGUUAUGGUGAUCUAGAGAGAUGGGCUCAUCAGACAAGAGAGCAAAUAAGUCUAGGGUUACAGGCCUUGACACAUGCGAUAUCGUUUCUACGAAGUGGGACCAGUAACGACGAAGAAAAAGCUCGUACCCUGAUCGUGAUAAUCCAAAUGGCUUCAGAAGCAGCUCGAUACAGGUACAUAUCAAACCGGGUUGGUGUCAGCAUCCGAACUGGUACGGCGUUUCAACCAGAUUCUGCCAUGUUAAGUUUGGAGAACAAUUGGGAUAAUCUGUCAGGAGGUGUUCAACAAUCAGUGCAAGAUACUUUUCCAAAUAAUGUCAUUUUAUCAAGUAUUAAUCGCCAACCUGUUGUUGUAGAUUCCUUGUCACACCCAACAGUUGCAGUUCUGGCAUUGAUGCUUUUUGUCUGCAAUCCGCCAAAUGCAAACCAAUCACCUCUAUUAAUAAGAUCAAUUGUCGAAGAAUCAAAGAUUUGCAGCUCUCGUUAUGAACCAACCGUGCGCAUUGGUGGUCGAGAUGGGAUGUGCGUGGAUGUCUAUGACGACGACUAUCACAAUGGCAAUCGUAUCAUAGCGUGGAAAUGCAAAGACCGGCUUGAAGAGAACCAGCUGUGGACCUUGAAAAGUGACAAGACGAUAAGGUCCAACGGGAAGUGUUUAACCACAGAAGGUUAUGCUCCAGGGAAUUAUGUCAUGAUAUAUGAUUGUACCUCGGCAGUACCAGAGGCCACUUAUUGGGAAAUAUGGGACAAUGGAACCAUCAUCAAUCCAAGGUCAGGCUUGGUCUUGAGUGCUGAAUCUAGUAGCAUGGGAGGGACACUCACCGUGCAAACGAACGAAUAUCUAAUGCGACAGGGCUGGCGUACAGGGAAUAACACAAGCCCUUUCGUAACUUCAAUCAGUGGGUAUUCAGAUCUCUGCAUGCAAGCUCAGGGAAGUAAUGUGUGGCUGGCUGACUGUGAUAACAAUAAGAAGGAGCAACAAUGGGCACUUUACACAGAUGGGUCUAUACGUUCAGUGCAAAAUACAAACAACUGUUUAACUUCUAAAGACCACAAACAAGGAUCUCCCAUUCUCCUGAUGGGUUGCAGCAAUGGAUGGGCUAGUCAAAGAUGGUUGUUUAAAAAUGACGGUAGCAUUUAUAAUUUACAUGACGACAUGGUGAUGGAUGUGAAACGCUCUGAUCCAAGUCUUAAAGAGAUAAUACUUCAUCCGUAUCAUGGUAAACCUAACCAAAUAUGGCUUACUUUGUUUUAAUGGCUUCAUGUCUGAGGAGGCAAAUGCUAUCUGCCUCUCUAAUGUUUAAAUAAGUGACAGAAUCUAUCGAUUCCAGAAACAGUCAUGAGCUUCAUGCUGCCUUGUAAUCUUUCUAAUGUGCUUAAAUAAUAAAUUUAUGUUUUAGCAAGACCCUACGCCAUCAAGUGAUCAAUAAAGAGAAACCAGAUUGCUUCAAGUCAAAAUAUAUUUUAGAACCUAACUAGUUAAAUCGAUACAAUUGUUGGAAAGCUAAAAUCAUAAUUAGAGCACUUGAAUAAAGCUAAAAACAGGGGAUUCAGUUCCAAAGCUAGAUUUUCAUUCCUCCAUUCAACAAAUUAUGUGGCAAUUGGAUAUAUAAUAUUACAAACUAAAUAUAACCUCAACAUACUUAGUUCCUUCCCUUCAAACUUACAAAAUUAAAUCAUCAUAACAACCUUCAUGACAACAAAAGUUCAAUUA